GGCGGUUUAGUCGUCACUGGUUGUUUUCUGUCAGGGCGUGUUUUCAAGCCAAGUUAAGCUUGGGAGGGAGGAGGCACCAGGCCGAGCAGACUUUAUUUCUCCUCCAAAUUCAACCUACAGAUGUGUAAUUUACAGUAACUAUGGAUUUCGACGCGUUAUUUAAUGAAAACACGUUUCAGUUUUCGGACUUCCAGGAGUUCACGUUUCUUCCUGGACACCAAAAACUGAGCGAGCGAGUGAGAAAAAGACUGUACUAUGGCCUGGACAAAGAUGUUUCACUAGAUGCCCUUUCUUGCCCUGUUACAGAUAUUGCUGUUGAAAUCUUCCAAAAGUCUGCCCCGAGUCCAAUCCGAAAGCUCCAGAAGAAGUAUGCUGCUCAUGUUGCAAGGGAGGCUUGCAUCUCUCCGUGUGCCAUGAUGCUGGCUUUGGUUUACAUAGAAAGACUCCGACACAGAAACCCCGAGUACCUGCAAAAGAUCUCCUCAUCUGACCUUUUCCUGAUCUCGAUGAUGGUUGCCAGCAAAUACCUCUAUGACGAAGGUGAGGAAGAGGAGGUUUUUAAUGAUGAGUGGGGAGCAGCUGGGAAACUGGAUGUCCAAACGAUCAACAACCUGGAAAUGAGUUUCUUGAAUGCCAUUGAGUGGAGCCUCUUCACAGAGCCAAAGGACGUCUUUGAUAUACUCCGCCACCUGGAAACCAGCAUUGCGGAGAAGCAAGGAAUGAGACGUGGCUGGUUCACCUACACUGACCUGUGUGUGCUGCUGGAUCACUCCGCAUGGAGCCACGCCCUCGCUGCCAUCUAUCAGCACUUUCUAAAGGUGUCCUGUAUGCUCAGCCUGGUGUAUCUGACUGGUGUAGCCGCUCUUAUUGCUAGCAGUGCUGUUGUGCACCAGCUCAGUCUGUGCAGAGCCGACCAAUCCGCGCCUCCUUCGCCAAACGAAAUCGGCCUCCUCCAGACCCCCAGUCUCAGCCCAGAAGCAGCCACGCUGGCCCACCGCCCGCCAUGUUGUGUUCUGACCAAUAAGUCACUGAACAGUCAAACCACUUUGCUUGAAAUCAGCCAGCAACACAGACAGAACGAUUCCCCGAUAGGGUCUGCAAAAAACUCUGUUUUGUGUGUCUGGGGUUCUCUGCUGGCCUCUGUGAGCCGCGUGCCUCCUGUCAAAGAUCCCGACGCAGAAUCUCCCCGAGCCUGGCCGUCUUCUUCCUUCGACUGUUCCGGCUGUCUUCCAAACCUUCCUCAUCUUCAAUGUGUACUUCGAAACACCUCGGCACUCCCUCGCCACGGUCCUGUCAAACCCCAUUCUCAGUCGACGUGGCUUUCCUCCGGCCUGAUGGGAGCCGCAGGAUCAAGUCUGGACUCACACUUUGGGGCGUUUCCAACUGUAGAUCUGUUGCCGUGCCGACCUGAGGCUCUGCUUGUUCCCGGCUAGAGAGGCGUCACCCGUUGUCAUGCUGGGAACAUCCCUGGAAACCGUAAAAGCUUUUGUUUUCAUGACUCACCGCUGUCAUCUUGUUACGAAUGCAGACGCAAAGUGGCACUUUUAUUUUUACUGAGGCGCUCUUAAGGGUGACAAAUCUGCUUUUUCAUAUUGGGAUGAACAAGAUUUCUUCUGAAUGUCUUGACUAAUACAUGGUAAAAAAAACAAAACAAAAGAUGGUGUCUGAUCGGAGAGGUUAGCGUAUUUGUUUAAAGGUUGCUAAGCAUAUCUACAAGAAAGCUUU